AUGAGCACAACAAAAAGAGACGAGAAAAACGAUGAUGCGGAGGAAACCGAGCGGUUGCUUCUGGAAGAGCUCGCGCGAAGAGAACAACAACAACAACAAAACAAAGAUAAAACAUCAUCCUCAUCCUCAUCGUCUUUAUUGCUCCAAACCGCGUCUGGGGCGAACAAAGUCGUCAGCGCGACGUUCUCGGCGUUCAACGAAACUUUAAGCACGAUAUUGGACACAACGAAAGAGCAGGAAGAGGAGGACAAGUUCUGGGAAUCCGUGCCGGUGUUACCACCGCUCAAAGAAGGAGAAGAAUAUGAUGAGGACGACGAUGGUCGUCGUACGAGUAGUCAAGAAGAAGGUGUGUUGUUGUAUUCAGGCGAAGACGAUGCGUACAUCAACCAUCACAAUAUGCGGCGGGAAAAGAACGCGAUGUUGCUCGGUGAAGAGGAAUACGAUGAGGAUGAUGAAAUGGGAAGAAGCAACAAUAACAGUCAAAGCGGUAUCAUCACGGGCGGUGGAGGCGGCGGCGGGAACUUCGUCGCGGACUUGCUCGUGAACACCUACAAGCAGGCGCAAGAAGCGGAGGAAAUGUUGGAACGACGGAAACGAGAAAACGUAUUAAACGAACUGGACAACUGGACGACGACAACGAGUGCGACGACGAACAGAGUUUUAGAUUUUGACAAUAUGGACGACACGAACACCGAGGAGGACGAAAAGAAUCAUAACAACAAGAACGCGAAUAACUCGGCAAAAAUGAACGCAGACGUGCGAGUCGGAUUAACGGAGAGGUACUCCUCGUAUCUCGCGAAAGUCUUACCAAUAAAAUCUACGAAAAGAAGGAAAAACAAUGGCAUCAACGAUGGCAAGCUCAUUGACGGCGACGACGACGGCGACGACGACGACGACGAUAAACGAUUCGAAAAGAUAAAGAGCACGUUCAUGAGCGAUGAAGCACAACGGGAACUCGAUAAACUCGAGGCUUCGUUCACGCCGCAAAGAAAGAGUAAAAAAUCAUUCUUUCGAGACUUUUUGCAGUUUGGAAACAACGGCUCACAAAAUAAUGCGAAAAACACUCAAAGAGGAGGAGGAGGGGAGCUGCUUCUAGAUGACCCGGCAUUAUUAGCCGCGGUGUCGAAAGAAAUGUCAAAAAUCGAUAAAGUAUUGAACGAUCUCAAAACGGACGUUGCGAUUAAAAAUUUAGCCAACGUGGCGAGGAAUACCGGCGGAGGACGAUUGAACUCUUUUGCGGAUGCGUUGGAUGCGCUCGCGAGGCAUCCCAUGUGGGAGUACCAAAUUGUUCGGAACGCGGCUAUGAUUGCUCUUUUGGCUUUAUUCACGUUUGGAAUAUACUUGAAGAUAUCGAUAGAAUCGCGAGAAGAAGUUGGCGGUCUCAUCGACGUCGGCAUACAAAAAUCUUCCAGACUUGGAAGAAGAAAGUUCACAGGAAGAUAA